AUGACCACGCCUUUUGUGGCUAUUUCUUUUCCAGCUCAGAAAGGGGAGAAAAGGUUCCUUAAUUUCAGCCCAAGGUUAGAACAACUUAGCGAAUUGGUACAACAAGCUCUGGAUCUCGGAAACCAGACCUCCCAAAUUUACGUUUAUGGCUGUUGGUGCGGCUUUGGUGGAAUGGGAAAAACCGUGGAUAACUUUGAUUUGUAAGUUAAGGGAGAAGAAUGUUGAAGGGGACUCACAAUACACCGUCAAAACGUCGCUAUUCAUAUCCCAGAUGACUACAUCGUGAAACAAACGACAGAAUUUGAUUACUAUUUUCGCUCAUCAAGAUUAUCAACCACAACCUUUAUGUCUUUUCACGGCAUUGUUCGAUUCCUAUUCAACAUUCUUGCUUUCCUUUUCCAAUUCCUUCUUCCUUUUUACUAAGAAAACGAAGUUGUUCUCUGCGUUUCGGCAGUCAUUCCUUUCUUCGUCUCCUGUUAACUUUUUAGUGAAUCUUCUGGUCAGGACAUAGGGGUUUCACAAUCAUUUUUGUGCUGUAGUCAAUUGCUUGGGUGUGUGCGUGAGUGUGUGUGCGUGUGUGUGUGUGUGUGUGUGUGUGUGUGUGUGUGCGCGCGCGUGUGUGCGUGCGUGCGUGCGUGUGUGUGUGUGUGAGUGCGUUUUUAAUAACUUUAGGCACUCACUGGUCAACUUGUUCGAUAGAAGUUUAAAAUGAGGUUCUAAUUUUUUUUCUUUUAACUUCAGUUGUUGCAAAGCCCACGAUUUUUGCGAGCAUAACUUAGGUAAACCGGAUAAAUGUGGUGGUAACCUCAGAAAUAUUAAUGAGAGAUUCGAGUACGACGCAGCUACUGACACUUGCAGUAAGUAUAAUCAAUAUUUUUUGUGUAUAAUAUCUUCGUUAAGUUUUCUCGUUGUGUGUAUCAUAUUGCCAAAGUCCUUGGCGUCUACGUUUCCUCACAGUUCCAUACACACUUAGAUUUACACUGUGAAGAACUAUUGUGCGUGUCUCUGGUUGGACGAACGAUUUAUUUUCACAGUCGUUCGCUUGCAAUCUUUGAAAUGUGUCAGUUAGUGAGAGAAAAUCUCAGUAUGUAUAAAAUAAAAACAUCGGACCAUGGAAAGUGCUUCAACGAUUUUUAUUCACGAGUUGCGAUGCAUCGAAAAAGUCAGUCGUUCGCUGCGUUCACUCGUUCGUUUUCUUGACGCAUAGCAACUCGUGAAUAAAGAUCAUUCGGGGUCUUUUCAUGCAGUAAUCUCUAUAUCCCCCGCCCCUUUAAGAAAGGGAAAAGGAAAAAUCGAGACUUUUCGAAGACAUAGAUUAUUUAAGGGUUUUUUUUUUAGUUUUAGCAAAUCAGUUUUACACUUUUGACUUACACACCAUCACUUACCAGCAUGCGUGGUUGUUUAUAGUAGUUGUGCGACAAUUUUGUUCUGACAGCCUGAAAGCAUGCCACUUAACCAUUAAAACGUUCGUGCAUGCGCAGACCUUUGACCGCUGUGUUAGUAAAGAGGCCUUGGCCCAUAUAGUUGGUACGCAUGUCCGGGUUUUCGGCCUGUUUUAGGUUAUGGGUUCAUGUCUGUAGCUCCAAAACCCUCACCUAGAAAACGGGGCUACGUCCAACACUCUUCACGUGAGAAUGAGUUUUGUAUAAGAAUAAAAAAUGAUUCUCAAACAAAGGCUCCGCUAAGCCGUUGGGUACCUCGGAUGCAGCUUAUUAUUAUAUUCCAUUCUUUUCCUUUUUUAGCUCCCGCGAGGAAAUAUAAAUCAAAUGAUCUGGAAGCGGGGAAGUGUGGUUAUGCCGCAUGUCUUUGCGACUCAGAGCUACUCCGGUGCUUUAAAGAAUUUAAGAGGGUCCUUAAAUUCAAAACUUACUUCGCACGCAGGAACAAGAAACCAGGAUUUUGCCCUAUCCGAUGUAAAUCUUAACAAUACUGAGGAAACCUCUUUUCAAUUAAUUAGUGGCAAGCGGGAAACUUAAUUUCUGAUUAGAAGUUGAACUCAAAAGCUCCCAAAUUCAGCCAGAUAUUGCCUCAGUUAGCGAACGUUACAUAAUUUUGAAUAUGCAUGCGAGAUUCACCUUAUGGAGGACGCGCCCUUUAUUUCCGUCUCAAAAGGGGUACUGAGGGAAGCGCAAGAAGAGUGCAACGAUUGAGUCACGUGCGAGAGGAGGAAUGUACAAAAAAAACGACGUGUCGUUUUCCCGCGCUCCCAUAGAUGCACCUAUUUCGCCAUUGUAGCUUUCCUCGCCCUGGCCUCCGUUCGCCGCAAACGGGAGUGAUCUCAGUGAAAAUAACCCGUAGAGCGAUUAUUUUGGGAAUAUGGGGAAUCUCCUCUCUUGGUCUAAUCCUCUCUUGUUCUACUCAUAAUUUCAGCCGGUGGCUUAUGCAAGACCAAGGCAGAUGUUAUUGUCUUGAUCCAAGACAGCCAGAGCAUUUCUGAAGAGACUCGUCCAAGUAUACAACGUAUAGUGACAACGCUACUGAAUUCACUGGACAGCGAUGGUGCCGACUACAAUUUUGUGAUGGGAAGAUACGGCUCGAAGACAAAAAUGAAUCGUUGGGGUUCAGCAGCUAAGGCAAUCUCCUACUUGAAAAAAAAUUAUCCCAAGGGAGGACUUGGCCCCUACAACCGCUUAAUUCGCGUCCUAAAGAAAAACGUCGCAAAGAAGUUCAACAGACGUUCAGAUGACAGGAAGGGUAAAGAUCCAGUGAAGGUAUAGGGUUGCGUUCAGGAUUUUGGGAUGGGAGGGGUGGGGCGGGAGCAACAUCAGCGUUAAACUAAAAUAACAAAUUUGCUAUCUAUUAAUUUGAAAAUUGCGUUAACCUUCUUAAUUUAAACUCAAAAUGUACAAAUACUUACAUCUUAAGCCAUAAAGGUACUUGCUAAAAACAUCUUUUCUUCUGAAUAUAAUUUUAAUCUGUGUACUGUUUUCCAAACGUAAAUCUCAUUACGUUUUCAGAUCGUUGUACUCUUCACCGACGGAAACACGGAAGUUGGUAGAGGUCGUUUGGUGGACACCUUCAAACUCCUAAGUGCAGAAAAGAAGCUGAGAGUCGACAACGACAUCCAUCUUGUGGGUGCUCUUAUUCCCAACGUAAAAAACACACAGCGAAUAGAUCAGCUUGAAAGCAUCGUGUCCGACCCAAAUGAUGCGAUCAACAUGGAAUUUACCGAGGCAAACCUGAACAAAAUCGCCGAUCGCCUCGCCUACAGGGUUAGACGAUUAUUGGUCUGUCGAGGUGAGAAGUCUCCUUUAAUAUUUUAGUUAGUUGCGUUCGUACGUCAACAUUGUUAGGUGACAUUUCCCAAGUAUCUCAAUAUAUCAUAAGGCCAAUGUCAAUUGGAUUGGUAUUCUUAUGAUUAACAUCAAGAUCAUAAUCAUUAUCUUUAACGUAAUCAUUUUCAUUUUCGUUGUCGUUAUCGUUAUCAUUAUUUUAACGUUAUCGUUAUUGUUAUCGCUAUCACUAUCGUUAUCGUUAUUGUUAUCGUUAACGCUGUCGUUAUCGUUAACGUUAUCGUUAACACAAAUGUUAUCGUUAUCGUCAUCGUCAUCGUCAUCGUCAUCGUCAUCGUUAUCGUCAUCGUUAUCGUUAUCGUUAACGUUUACGUCAACGUUGUCGUUAUUUUUAUCGUUAUAGUUAUCGUCAUCAGCACUGUCACUCUCACAGUCGUUUUCAUUAUCACUAUCAUUAUCGUGGUGAUAAUCAUCAUCAUUGUUAUUGUCCUUUCGUUGUUGUUGUCAUUAUCAUUUUCUUCGUUAUUUUUCUUAUGAUUGUUGCUAUUUUGACAUCGAAGUUCCCUACACGGUGGUUGUUUUCACCCCUACAAAAGACAUCACGUGGAAGUUCCAUGUGUUCAUCAUGCUCGUCGGAACCGGUGGAAAAAAGACAGAAGACCUGUUGUUAUAUAAAGAAAAAGAGACAAAGCGAAAGUAGGCUAAUAACCAAUGAUUUCUUUAGAUUGCAAAAUCAAUUCUCCUUUCUGCCUGCCAUACAUUCCUUCUAAUGUCAGUAUUCCCUAUAGUUUACAUUUUUCUAAAUUCUCAUCACCUGUGUGUUUGACAGCACAAUAACAACUGAAAGGAGAAAUUGUCUUUUGGUCAUACGUGAAAGUGAAAGUUUAACCAAGAACCCCUUCAAAGACCUUUAAAAUCUGAAAAUAUCGACAUCGUGUUUGUUACAGCUCAGUGGCACAUUAGCGGAAUGCUAAGGAUAUUUAUGCCGCUCCCCGUGGAGGACUUUAAUUAUUUCUUUCUCUUGACAAAACAAAGAACAACUUGCCAUAUUUUCCUUUAUGAUGCAUUAUUAAUCUCGGUUGCCAUUUUGGUAGUAUCCUUUGCAAUCGUUGUUGGAGGGGAAGAUAAUAAGUAGCGUGACGACACCAAACAACGGCUGCAGAGGCGACUACCAUUCUAGAGAAGGACCCAUAGGCAGGGUGAUCUCAGAGAACUUGGAUGCGUAAUAAUUUCUACAAUGCUUUCUCAAUGCAGUCCGUUCAAAGCCAACGCAUAGUUAUCAAAACGUUAGGAAAUAUCGUGAAGGAACUGAAGAUAACCCAUGAAAAAAAUUUAUGUUUUACAUCUCGAUGCUUGAACAAAAUUAAUUACAGAAAGUUCAUUGAUUUUUUUUUCGCCCUAGAGAUGCAUUCAAAUUCAAGGUCCGUGGCAUUGAUGUUGGGGACAUCACAGAAGUGAAAAUCAAAUCGGAGAGAAAAAACCCAAUUAGAACAGGCUGGGAACUGAGAAAGGUACAAUAUAUGUAAUGAAGAGAAAUCAUCAUUUACGUUUUUUGUGCUUUUGCAGUCACCUCUGUAACGCUGUUUUAGUCUCAAAUAGCAUUUUUGUUUUGUUUUGUUUUUUUAGGUUAAGGUUACACAGGGUGACCAAACUGUAACUGUAGUAUUUAAAGAGAACAUUGGAGCCUUAGAUGACAGAUGGAAAUCUGGUAGGGGAAAAUACUUAAGCCUUCGUAUUUAUUCGUCAUCUAUUUAAAGUUUCUUUGUACUCCUUGAUGGGCGAGGUCUUCCUUAGCGAUGGAGAUAGCGGAGUUUUCUCUGGGAGUCCUGUGGGACUUCUGUCCAUUGUGAGUCUGGUUGGCUGUUUAGGACAAAGAACCUUCUGAGGGAAGACGAUACCAAAAAAAUAAAAUAGUGGAAAUAAUUUCAAAACUUAUUCAUAUCUGAAGAAAUAGCAAAUUUGAGUAAAAGCGCGCUUUGAAAUGCACUGAAGGAGGCGAAAAAGGAGCCCAAAGUGGUCUGGCAAUGUAUUUGUGAUUUCAAGGAGAUAUAACGUCAGAUCUCAUUUUGUGCCUAUAGAAGAUGAAAGUUCAUCUUUAAUCAAAAAACUAAACUCACAAGGAAACUAUGAAGUUUCUCCUCAACCCCAAUUUCACGGUGCUAAGUGACAAUCAUUUCUGCUAAUUCCCUGGAUUGGGUGCAAAUCCACCGCAAGAAUGUCUUUUUAUACUCCCGGGUAGAGAGAGACAUUCUGAUGAUAAACUAUGGUAAAGAGCUAAGCUCAAAGACACAGCUUUUUUUUCGCUCGUCUCUAAUGAUCCAUAGCCUCAUGUGAUAACGUAUUUUUCAGCCACACCAAGAAAGCCUAAGGAAACGGUCAAUGUAUGAAGUCAUUCUCGAAGAAGGAAACCAGUAGAAGUGCAGAAGCUUAAGAUGCAAUGAUAAAGUUGUCAUACAUCGUAUAAAUAUAAAAAGUCUUAUUGAGAAAUAUGAAUGAAUUAAACGAUUAAAUAAAAUCAACCGAUAGUGUUUCAAUCUCCUUUCAUCAUGUCUACGAUAUUUCUAUUUCAUUUGUGCCUUUGAGAAUUUUUCCCCGUUCUGAAAAUUUGGAUAAAAUAACGUAGACAUUCUGUCACACAUUUUGCGUGGUUAGCUGCGCUUGCACAAGACUUGACCCUUAGCAGAACACGUAUGGAGAUCAUGACAUCGACAUCGAUGUAAUGGUGAUUCCAGUAGACUGGAGAUCAGCUGGAAUCACACCCCUUGACAAGCAAGGUGAACGCGACGACGUAAAAAAUUACCUUUCGAUGUUGUGAGGCAGGUAUUGGAGACAAUAGUUUACGAACAACUAAGUGCCUAUUUAGAGGAGCAUGAUGUGCUAUGCAGAUAUCAGUCGGGAUUUCGUGCUAUUUUCUCUGCAGUCACAGCUUUGCGUGAGGCAACUGACUCCUGGGCAUAUAAUAAAGAUAUUGGGAAAAUUAUUGCGGUUAUUUUUGGAGAUCUGAAGAAAGGUUUCGAUACCGCUGACCACGACAUUGUUCUAUCUAAACUUGACUUUAAUGGUAUAUCUGGGAAUUCAUUGAAAUAGUUGCAGUCGUAUUUAGAGAACCGCACACAACAAUUCUCAGUUAGUGGGUCCGUAUCUGACAGCCGUGUACUAACCUGCGGUGUCCCUCAGUGGGGGGGAGGAGACCAUCCUCGGUCCACUGUUAUUAUUAUCCUAUAUAAACGAGCUUCCAAAUUAUUUGUCAAACUGUGAACCGAGGAUGUGCGCCGAUGACCGCCAUCUCACAUAUGCGGAUAAUGAUUGAGGCAACAUUGAAUCUAGUCUUAGUGAGGACCUAAAUUGAAUGUGCAUACUUGGUUCACUGCAAAACAAACUUCGAAUAUGACUAAAAACAAAUCUAUACCGCUAGGAUCUGGCCAAACGCUAAAUACUCUUCUGCUUCCCAAUCAGUCACAGUGAACGGUACUCGGGUAAAAUAGGCUUUAACUAAAAAAUUCUUGGUGUGUAACAAUUGACGAUAAACAGCUGGAACUGCCACACCAAAAACCUAACAAAAAGAUCGCUUCUGGAAUCGGGGCCAUGAAACGUGUUAGGCACCUGGUUCCCCAAGCGACCUUACAUCUUAUAUGUACCAAGCUUUAAUACAACCUCCCUUUUACAACUACAGUACCGUUUAUAGAACCUGUGGGGUACCUUUACAAGACUAGCUGCCCAAAUUUUAGAAUAGAGCAGCUCGCGCGAUUCUGAAAUUCUCAAAUUAUGACACUGAUGCUGCCAAUUGUUCGAAAUUUUAGGGUGGAAAAAUCUUGACCGCUAGCAGAACAUGGCCAUCAUGGUAUUCAAAUGCCUACCUGUAUGGGUUAGCUCCAGACUAUUUGACAUCGAAAUUCACUGAACGCAAUACAUGCUACGAACUGAGGGACUCCGAGAACCAACUUUAUGUUCGAUUACUACGCCCACAUUAUUCCAAAAAUAGUUUUAGUUAUAGUGGCGCCACAUUAUGGAAUAGCCUCCCUUGCGAAGCUAUUUGUGCGGAAUCGCUCACGUCGUUUAGACGCGCAAUCAUCAAAGUUCUCUAAGGCACGGCAGUCACGGAAGGUAGCUUCUUAAUAUAGUGUAGUUCAUAGUUAUAGUUGUGUAGUCAUAGUUUGAUCCUUUUUAUAAACAGCUGAUGGAUUGCCCGUGGUUAAGUAGAGUUUAGUGAUUGACUGAAUGAUCGAUUGAUUGAUCGCGCUCGUCCAACUCCUAAAUCCGCACUUCAGAGAUAGAUCAUGGGGCGAGGUGGGAAUUUUUUACGUUUUUUUUUCUUUCUUUCCUUUUUUCCACUGUUACUCAUGGAAUUCCAAUUUUCUUUCUUCUGGAUUAUUUUUCCCAGGAUUAGGGCCAAAAAACAAUCAAUCAAGAUGUUCCUCUAAUGAAUAGUAAAAGAUGUUCCUUUAGUGAAUAGUAAAAGAGCACAAGAAUCGGCAGGCUGAUCGUGAAUAGCAAGUGAAAAAGAACAUCUUGGGAGAAGUAAUUGCAUCAGGCGUUCUUUUUUCCCUCGUCGUCUCAUAUUGACCACUGUGCUACCAAACCAAAUAGUGCACUCCCCUGAACAAAGAACACUUGACUGCAGAUUAUUGCAUUGGCUUUAGUUCAAUUUUCGUAAGCAUAACUACUGAAUCUUCUACGCUGUCGAUCCCAUAUCAGCGUAAAUAUUCAAUGGACCCAACGAGGGUUUGCAUGACAAAAUCUUAAAACGUUGAUUCUACUUUUGUCUUUGCUGUUAUGCUCUCCAUUUAUUACAUUAUAACCAAUUGGAUCACCGGUUAAAUCCCACGCACACCAGCAGCAAGAUCACCAUCCACGAAUGCUGGUCUCGGAGACUCAAACUUGAUGAUCGAAUUGGGAAGCGUUCGCUUACAGCUAACUGAAUGACUACAAUACCUAUUUCGAGAAGCGGUAUCACCCUCUAUUUCCUUGCUUUUCUCAAUCUCGUUACCGUUGCAAAGCCAAGGGCCCUUAAGAAGUUCACUCUUAAGGAGAGAGUAGUUACAUCACCUUUUGGGGGUAAUGCGUGGGAGAAUAUUUUCAACAUUUGACGAGAGGUUUGAAUGAUUCAAACGUGGGAGGGGACCAGUUCACUAGGUCGACAACCAUAGAUAACAAUUCCAAUGAGUUGCACGCAUUAUUCUUAGUAUAGUUGGUAUACAUAAUUAUUACUCGUAGCCUCAGUGGCCUACAGACUCAACCGGUAGUUUAGCACGGUCACAGUUAAACGAAAUUGAGGAGGAACUCAGAAAUUUAGUUUCUGUCAACGUAAGUAUAUUGAAAAAGAUCGUCGUUUAUUAUUUUGCAGUCCAAUUUGAAAUGAAAUCGUAUUUCAGUAUGCUCUAACGUAAGCAGUUCUAGGAUUUGAUUUUUUUUUUGCCAUUUUAAGUGAAGAAAAAAGUAGCAACACUUAAAUUUGUUUUCGCAAAAUGUUGUAAAGAUGUCCCUUAUAAAUGAUUACAUGUAGACCAUGUCCCCUCUGAAUUCAGAUUUAAAUAGCAGAAUGUCACUGAGAAAUUUGUUUUAGUUAGUUGUCAAUACUGUGCUCUUUGUAAGAUUUGUACGAGGGAAAAUUAUAUAAAUUUUGGUAACUUUUAUAACUUGCGCCUUCUUCUACAGGAUCAUUUUGGAACGAUGAGUAUUCUGUGUGUGUUUGUGGGAAUUGCAUUUCUUCUAAUGGACCUAAACUCUGGUAACCUCAGUUAAUGUUGUAUGAUUCAUAAAAGGAUCAAUGGCAAUGUUUCGCACAAAUUUCAGUGACACAGCGCUAAUUACAUGGAUGUCGCAAAGCGAAAAACUUCAAAUAACAAGACAUCGAAUUGAAAUUGAAAUUAUUGACGUGAGACUCUUCUCUGUCUUAUAAAUCUCCCUAUGGAACGAGGAACGCACGAAAGAGCACAUUUUUAUUGGGUGUGAUAAGACCAAGAAAGCUAAACUGCUAAAGAAAUAACAUAAGACAAUCAGAACAAAUAAAAACAGUCUCUUCCAUUUAGCGCAAAAAUAUGCACUGAAAUUUGUUUAGGGACACCAUGAAUAUUGUGAGAAUCGAGGAACAGAAAAUGUCCAAAGACAAAUAUGGGAACAUAUUUUCGCGCCAAAUGAAGGUUUUUACGUUUAUUAUCCUUGAAAUAAUUCCAUGUCAAUUCGUUACCCGCAUCCUUAUUUUAUAGGCUUAGCCUCAUCCAUAAGUGGCGGUCUGACUAAAGGUAAGUCUUUGUUUUUGGGUGGAGGGUGGAAUGGUUGGGACAUGGGAGGUUUUCUUAGCCAACGAAUAGCUGUUAAAAUUAAUGUAGUAUUUAAAAUAUCAAUUUAGUGAUUAUAAGAUCAGAAACUAAAACCUGUUCCAGAGACUGUAGAAUACGCUAGAGUAGGCAGCGUAGCUCAUUGGUUAAGGCAUUGGACUUGUUUUCUGCUAAUCGUAUUUUCGAGUCCUCAACCAUGUAACUUGCCAGCCAUUGUUCUCAGUUGUCCCCGGGUCAACUCCAUGGCUGCCUUUGUAAAUAGGCAAUUGGUUGGCUUCUCCGCACCAGUUGGGAUUUUCAGCCAUUUUAUGUGUAUUUAAAAAUAAAAAGUUUUUGUUUGUACAUUGUCCUUACAAAGCCCUUUCAGGAGUGCUCAUUCAAGAUUUUGUUAUUGUUAUCAUUAUUAUCAUUAUCAUCAUCAUUAUUAUCAUGAUUGUUAUGAUUAUGAAUAUCAUAAUCAUUGUUAAAUCACGAAUUUGAAGAAAAAUAAGGUGCGCAUGCAAUCCUGUCUUAGCGAAAAGAAAUCAUCAUGAUUCAGUUCCAGGCCCCGGUUGUUCAAAGAGUGGAUAACGCUAUCCAACGGAUAAAUUCCUAUCCGCCGGGCAGCGCAAUAUGUUUCGUUAACACUUAUCCGCUGGAUAGUGAUUUAUCCGUUGGAUUGCGUUAUUCACCUUUUGAACAACUUGGCCCAGAUAAGAAAACAGAUAAAUUUGCAAUGCAGUUGUCCACUUCGAUUAAAAAAAUAAAUCUUUCUGCAUUCCUGUUUAUCAAUUAUAUCGUGGUUUUGAGAUCUUUUGUCGCAUGAUACUUGAAGCCCGAAUCAACUAUCAUGUACAUAAAUCGAGCACGAAUUAUCUAAUUGUAGUGAUAUAAAUUUACUAGUCGUUGAAAAAGUAACAACAUGGCAGGCUCAUGUUGUUUAUUUUCUUCUGUUUACAACCAUGCACUGUUAGGUUUUUCACUCUUCUCCAUAAAAUGCUGUAAUCUAGUAGGCUAUGACACUCGUGGUCUAUCACGGAAUAAAAAGUAGCAUAGCCAAUGAGAUUGCAGCAAUCUUGAUAGACUGCUGGUGGAUUUUAAAAAGUGUGUUAAGUCUCAUAAGGAUAUGUUUUUCUGUCGUGCAGCAUGCCGUAUGUGGCGAAAUGCGUAGUUAUUGACCCCAAUUGAAAGUAUUCAAGUCUGGUAAUAAAGAAUAAUAUUACAUCUCUUAUUUAGCGCGAGCAGUAUGAUUGGUUAAUUUAGCAGGCCGUAAUUUAAUGUACGAUGCGCUAAUUUCCAAGUUUGUUUGAAUUAAAAUCUUCCAAUUCUGUUUUAACCCAGAGAUAAUAUAAAUAUCUUACUAACCUCGUUUUCUCGGUCUCGAGUACAGGACUUCGAUUUUUUCACUCGGAUUAUUGGCCCGCGCCCUUCGCGCUUGGGCCAGCAACUCGAGCGGAUAAACUCGGUCUGUAACUUACAGUGCGGACCACAAACCCGUUUAGUAAGAGAUAUAAACUUUAAUUGGGAGACAAGCGAUCAAACGGUCAUUAAUCAACUAAGACGACGAAAACUGACCAUGCAAUAUUUUUUUCACCAGCACAUAAAUGGGAGAAAAAGUCACUUGGCUUCAACCCAAGAAUUGAACAAGUUGCAGGAUUGGUGCAAGAAAGGUUGGGUCUUACUCUACUACAGGCUUACAGUAUUUUCAACUACGGCUGUUGGUGUGGCGCUGGUGGAUUUGGAAAAACUGUGGAUAACUUUGAUUUGUAAGUUGAGGGAGAAGAAUGUUGAAGGGACGCGCAGCAUACUGUGGAAACUUUGUGAUUCAUACUCUAAAUGAGUAAGAGUGAGACAAACGACAGAACUUGAUUACUGUUGUCUUUCACUACUGAUAACCUCAACCUUUUUUUCCUCUUUUUGUGGCAUCAUCCGAUCUCUUAUCAGCAUUCUGCGUUCACUCUUGCUGUCCAUUUCCAGUUUCAUUUUCCUUUUUCGUGGAUGAUCUUCAUUUAUCUUAUAUUUUUCUUUUAACUUCAGUUGUUGCAAGGCCCAUGAUUUUUGCGAGCUUGACUUAGUUCAACCGGCAAAAUGUGGUGGUAACUUUUUCAAUUUGGAAAACAGAUUUGAGUACAACGCGUCUACUGACACGUGCAGUAAGUAUUAUCAGAUGUUUUUUUUUGUGUAAUAUCCUCGUUAGGUUUUGUCGUUGUGUGUUUCAUGUGGCCCAAGUCCUUAGCUCCUACCUUUCGUCGCAGUCAUCUGUGUCGUUUCAGUCACGCGAUAUGAAAAAGAUUGAAUUGGAUCGAGAGCACGCGAGAGUAUUUCUGGAAAAUUUUCAAUGGCAAGAACACAGCGAUCUAACGUCGUUUCGUCGUCUUCUAAAGAAAACAUAAGAAAUAACCUAGCUCACGCAAAAUUGAUAAAAAUAAUUAAAAAUUUAUAGAAAUCUGUAAAAUGAGACAAACGGAAUAUCCCCCCUUAAAAGUAUUAAUACCAUUCUUUUCGUUUUAGCUCCCGCGAGUGAAUAUGAUUCGAAUGAUGUCGAAGUAGGGAAGUGUGGUUAUGCCGUAUGUCUUUGCGAUACGGAGCUACUCCGGUGCUUUAAAAAGUUUCAGAAUGUCCUUAACUUAACAACCUACGUUGGAUGGACGACAAGCAAUCCAGGAUUUUGUCCUAUCACAAGUAACAUUUCAACUUGACUUAGGAAACAUCAUGUUUUUAAGAAAUAAGCGGUGAAAGGGAAACUGAAUUUUUCGAUCAGAAGUUGAACUCACAAGAUCCCAAAUCCAGCCAGAUAUUGCUUCAUAGUGCUGCGUAUUGUUAAGAUUGGUGACAUUAAACGAGUUUUUGUGUGCAGGGAAAAAAAAUUAAUAUUUUUUAUAAAGGGGAAACGAAUUUUGAGUGUGCUUAGACUCUCGUAAAGGCUAAAGUCUUUGGCACAGUCUACGUAUGGUUUUCAAACUCAUUUCACAUCAUUUAAGUAUGCAUGAGAAAUUUGCUACGCGAAAGACACGUGACAAGUAUUCGGAAAAAUGUUCAACCUUCAAUGUGUUUUUUUUUUGAUACUUUUCGAUAAGUUAUUUUGUGAUUAUGGCCGGAUCUUUUCUCUCUUGGUUUGAUCCUCUCUUGUUCUGCUCAUAAUUUCAGCCGGUGGUUUAUGCAAGACCAAGGCAGAUGUUAUCGUCUUGAUCCAAGACAGCCGGAGCAUUUCUGAAGGGAUUCGUUCAAGUAUACAAUGUAUAGUGAGAACGCUACUGACUUCACUGAACAGCGAUGACACUGACUACAAGUUUGUGAUGGGAAGAUACGGUUCAAAGACAAAAAUGAAUAGUUGGGGUUCAGCAGCUAGUGCAAUCUACUACGUGAAUUACGAAUACCUCAAAGGAGGACUUGGCCCCUACAACCGCUUAAAUCGCGUCCUGAAGAAAAAAGUCCCAAAGAAGUUCGACGAACGUUCAGCUUACAGGAAGGGUAAAGAUCCAGCGAAGGUAUAGGGGUGUGUUCAGGAUUUUGGGAUGGAGGGGUGGGGCAGGGGCAACAUCAGUGUUAUACUGAAAUAAGAAAUUCGCUAUCACUUCAUUUAAAAAUGUCUUUGGAAAUUGCGUUUAUCUCCUUAAUUUAAAUUUCAGAUCGUUGUGCUCUUCACCGACGGAAACACGGAAGAUGGUGAUGGUCGUUUGUUGGACACCUUCAAACUCCUAAAUGCAGAAAAGGUGCUGAGAGUCGAAAACGACAUCAAUCUUGUGGGUGCUCUUAUUCCCAACGUAAACAACACACAGCGAAUAGAUCAGCUGAAAAGCAUUGUGUCCGAGCCAAAUGAUGCAAUCAACGUGGAAUUUACUGAGGCAAACCUGAACAAAAUUGCCGACCGCCUCGCCUUUCGGGUUAGACGAUUAUUGGUCUGUCGCGGUGAGAAGUUUAAGUUUAAUUUUCUAGUUAGUUGUAUUCAUUCGUCAACAUUGUUAGGCGACAUUUCCCUAGUAUCUCAAUAUGUCAUAAGAUCAAUGCCAACUGGAUUGGUAUUUUUAUGAUUAACAUCAAGAUCAUUAUUAUUAUCGUUAACGUAAUCAUUUUCAUUAUCGUUAUUGUUAACGUUAUCGUUAACCUUAUCGUUAUCGUUGACGUUAUCGUUAUCGUUAACGUUAUUGUUAACGUUAACGUUACCGUUAUCGUUAUCGUUAUCGUUAUCGUUAUCGUUAUCGUUAUCGUUAUCGUUAUCGUCAUCGUCAUCAUCAUCGUCACUCUCACACUCAUUAUCGUUAUCACUAUCAUUAUCGUUGUGAUAAUCAUCAUCAUUUUUAUUGUCCUUUAGUUGUUGUUGUCAUUAUCGUUUUCUUUGUUAUUUUUCUUAUGAUCAUUAAUAUUUUUACAUCGAAGUUCCCUACACGGUGGUUGUUUUCACCCCUGAUACAAGGAUCAUCACGUCGGAGUUUCGUCUGUUCACCAUGAUCAUAGGAACUAAUGGAAAAAUGACAGAAGAACAGUUAUUUACUGCUCCUGAGACAACACAAGGGUAGGAUAUUAGCCCUUUCACUUAGAAAAUCGCUUUAUCCAGUGGUGGAACAAAUCAAAUUACCAAAAAAUUCUUCGGAAUUUUUACGUCUUCAGAGUAUCACUCAGUUACGAGUUCAGUGACAUAGAUGUUGGAGGCAUCACAGAGGUGAGAAUCAGAUCAGACAGACGAAUCCAAGGUCAGGCAGGCUGGGAACUAAGAAAGGUACAGUAGUUGUAAUGAAGAGACAUCAUCAUUUACGCUCUUUACACUUUUCCAGUCAGUUACUUAGCGCUGUUUAGUCUUAAUAAGUGUUUUGGUUUGUUUUUUUUCUUUUAGGUUGAGGUUACACAGGGUGACCAAACUGUAACUGCAGUAUUCAAUGAGAAUAUCGGAGCCUUCGAUAGCAGUUGGAAAUCUGGUAGGGGAAAAUACUUUUAA